GCAGCUCGGGCGGCGGGUGCAGCGGCAGCGGCCAGGAAGCCCGGCUCCGCGAAGGCUCUCGGCUCGCUGCGGCCCGCAGGCACUCGGCACGCGCCCUCCGCGCCGCCAAGAUGCCCAAGAGGAAGGUCAGCUCGGCCGAAGGGGCGGUGAAGGAGGAGCCCAAGAGGAGAUCGGCGAGGUUGUCAGCGAAACCCGCUCCUGCAAAAGUGGAGACGAAGCCCAGAAAGGCCUCAGGAAAGGAUAAAUCUUCAGAUAAAAAAGCGCAAACAAAAGGAAAAAGGGGAGCAAAAGGAAAACACGCUGAAGUGGCUAACCAAGAAACUAAAGAUUUACCUGCGGAAAAUGGAGAAACUAAAAACGAGGAGAGUCCAGCCUCUGAUGAAGCAGGAGAGAAAGAAGCCAAGUCUGAUUAAUGUUUGUCAACCAUGAUUUAUCAGUGGUCCCUGUAUCUCCCUUCUUGUACAAUCCAGAGGAAUAUUUUUAUCAACUAUUUUGUAAAUGCAAGUUUUUUAGUAGCUCUAGAAACAUUUUUAAGAAGGAGGAAAUCCCACUUCAUCCCAUUUUUUUAAGUGUAAAUGCUUUUUUUUUAAGAGGUAAAAUCAUUUACUGGUUGUUUAUUUUUUUGGUACAACCAGAAAAUAGCGGGAUGUUGAAUUGUGGGAGGCUUUGACUGUCUUGGGUGUCAACAUAACAUUCCAGAGGUGGGGGGGAGGGGGUACAAUUUUUAUAUCCCGAAAUACAAAGCGUACUUAAUGGCAAUUUGGAGUCAAAGUCAAGCAUUUCUAUGUCUUGAACAUUUUAAAUUACUUCUAUUUCCAUGUCGUUUUUUGGUAGAAAUGUUUCCUGAAGAAAACUGCUCCCUCGCCGUGGCUCUCCCUCCGCACUGUACGUUCUGUAACAUCUUUGCUUGUGGUGGUCGAGUUUUCCUCAUGACUUUGUUAUGUGCUGUGAACGUUAAACGUUAGAGUGUGUAGUGUGUGUGAUGUUAAAUUGUGAAUUAGUGGGACUUAGGAUGUAACAGUUUCUCAAUAAUUGAAGAUAAUUGGUACUUGAUAUUAAGGAAAAUUUGCCUCCAAAUUUAAAGCUGGAAUUUAGAGAAGAAUUAAAACUACAUGCGGCUUUUUCGAUUUUUGGUACGUACAUUAAGAGUUGUGUACAGAUUGUUCAUAAUGUCUCUGUACUGAUCCUCAAAACAGCCAAUAAAAUAUCAGUUAUGGAA